CCAUUAUCUCAGAGCGCGGGAAAUUCUGACACUGCUGCGUGGCGGGGACCGGGACCGGGACCCUCAACACCCGACCGGGCAGCGGCGGCGUCAACAUCUUUUUUGUCUCCGUCCCGUCCCUCUUCAAGUCUCAUUCGACCCAACCCCUAAGGUUGUAAAAACUUCCUUCAUACCUACGUCCGCACCCUCCCCUCCCAACAAACAGGACUUGGACCGCCUCAUCGACGACCGCUGCCUUCGCGCCGCGCACCGCACCGCACCGCACGAUCGAUCGAUCGCUCGCACGGGAGCAGAAAGAGAGAAAGAAAGAAUUAGAUAAGAGAAGAAAGGACGCUAUGGCCUCCCCCGUCGCUGCCCACGACUCGUCGUGGCUCGCCCGCCACUACAUCGACUACGUCUACAUCCCCGGCGCCCUCCUCGUCGUCGGCACCCUCAUCGUCAAGCGGGAGUGGGCACCCUACUCUGUCCUCCUCUCUGUCGCCCUUGGCGCCUACAACUUCUGGAACUUCCAGAUCAAAAAGGUCCUCAAGCCUGAUGUCUUCCAGGAGUUUGAGCUCCAGGAGAAGACGGUCAUCUCCCACAAUGUCGCCAUCUACCGCUUCAAGCUCCCCUCAACGCAGUCCAUUCUCGGCCUCCCCAUCGGCCAGCACAUCUCCAUUGGCGCCCCCCUGAAGCAGCCCGACGGCAGCACCAAGGAGAUUGUCCGCUCCUACACCCCCAUCUCGGGCGACCACCAACCCGGCUUCUUCGACCUCCUCAUCAAGUCGUACCCCCAGGGCAACAUCUCCAAGCACAUGGCCUCCCUGGUCGUCGGCCAGACAAUUCGCGUCCGCGGGCCCAAGGGCGCCUUCGUCUACACCCCCAACAUGGUCCGCCACUUCGGCAUGGUCGCCGGCGGUACCGGCAUCACCCCCAUGCUGCAGAUCAUCCGCGCCAUCAUCCGCGGCCGCGCCGCCGGGGACCGCACGCAGGUCGACCUAAUCUUCGCCAAUGUCACCCCCCAGGACAUCCUCCUCCGCGAGGACCUCGACGCCCUGACCAAGGAGGACAGCGGCAUCCGCGUCCACUACGUCCUGGACAAGCCCCCCGAGGGCUGGACCGGCGGCGUCGGCUAUGUCACUGCUGACAUGAUUACCAAAUGGCUCCCCAAGCCCGCCGAAGACGUCAAGAUCCUCAUCUGUGGUCCUCCCCCCAUGGUUAGCGGCCUGAAGAAGGCCACCGAGAGCCUCGGCUUCAAGAAGGCCCGCCCCGUCAGCAAGCUCGAGGACCAGGUCUUUGCCUUUUAGACGCAGCAAUCGUUCAGCUCCGAUAUUGUGUGGUCAACGUGCGUGCGUGUGGACGAUGCAGCCAGGGCGACGGCAGCUCGCAUCGCCAUCGUCAUCGUCAUCACUCACAGACCUGUCAUAGAGCAUACAUACACCUGUACAGGAAGGAUUCAAAAAUGACACUUGGGCAGAUUAUCAGUAGACGACUAGACGUAGACGGGGUCGUCGAGGUUGCAACGGGGUAGGACGUAGUACCUAGCUAGGUACCUAUCCACUAGGUAUGUGUGGAGCGCGAGACUCGGGGGGUUGUAGAGAGAGAGAUAUACUGUCCCUCGCCGCACGGCUGCAUGUCCUCUAGCGACGACAGCUGCGUGUCAUCGAGCCGGGGACAUGUAUGUGGACGGCGUCAACAGGCCUCUUCUUCACGACCAAUGUCACAUCACGCUGUAACGCUGCAUCAUGGUUUUGUGGAACAAAGAUACAGGUAUGCAUACAAAAAACCAAUGUGAUUUUCGCUAUUCCCGU